CUAGAGAGAGGAGAACAGAGAAAAACAGAGUACAAGAAACAAAAUUUGAAAACAAAAGCUCAAAGUUCUAAGAAACAUGGGAGAAGUUGUUUUGUUGGUUGAUGAUUUGAAAUCAAUAUCUGGAUUUUCUCGUUGUAGAAUAUGCCAUGAAGAAGAAUUUGAAAGCUUCAAAAGCUUAGAAGCUCCUUGUGCAUGUUCUGGUACAGUUAAGUUUGCUCAUAGAGAUUGCAUUCAAACAUGGUGCAAUGAAAAAGGAAAUACAACUUGUGAAAUUUGUCUACAGCAAUAUGAACCUGGAUAUACAACACCCCCACCAAAGAAAUCACUAAAACCUGAAGAAGCAAUGACCAUUGGCAUUAGAGAUAGCCUUGAAAUAUCAAGGAGGGAGGAAGAAGAGUUAAACAGAAGAAUAGUUGGUAUAGUUGAAGGUGUAACAAGACAAAACAAUUACUCUCAAUGCACCUAUGCUGCAGAUAGAAGUGCCUCUUGCUGCAGAUCACUGGCUUUAGCAUUUACUCUCAUAUUGCUUCUAAGACAUCUUUUUGCUUUGCUUACAAAUGGAAUGGAAGAUUAUCCAUUUACAAUUCUUACAAUCUUUAUACUAAGGGCCAGUGGAAUUAUUAUACCUAUGUGCAUAAUUAUUAGGACUAUGGGAGCCAUUCAUAAAAGUAUCCAGCGUCAUUAUCAUCAGUAUUCUGAAGAUGACUCAUUGAUGUCUGAUGGAGAUGAUGAAGAAAAUGGGACACCACAUAUUGCAAUUUUAAGACAUUCACAUUAUUAGUUUUGUUUAUAAGAGCAUUAUGCUGAUGCUCUAUCAAAUUCCAACAUUUUGAGUAUAAAUUUAUUUGUUAUUAUUAAAAAUGAAUGGAAUUUACAUUGAAAUGCAUAUAUUCCCUUGCCGUAUUAAUGAUAGUGUGUCCCCUAUCUACCACACAAUAACCCAAAUAGAUGGAACAACUAACUUCAUCUAUAUGUAUUCACUUGUACAUUAUCAUGUCAAUCCAAAACAUGUACAAUGUGACAACCUUAAA